AUGUCAAAAUGGGUACAAGUAUCGGACCAGUUGUACUCGAGUUCGUCUCGCCUAGCACAGUUACAACCAUCACUAUUAGGGAUACCAAAGGGUUCUCCAAGUGCUCCAUCAUCUCAUAUAGUACAGUCAACACAGUCAGUGAUAAAAUCAGAUAACAACGUGACUUAUGUGUGUAGUAAAAUUCUGAGCGAAGAUUGUUUGCCGUUGUGUCCACUUAUUCCAGAUAAACUCGAGGGAUGGGAGAAGGGAGAAGGGUAUCCCCCUGUCCUCUCCCUCUUCUCACAUCUUUAUUGCUUUUUUUCUUUUUUAGUUGGUGCUUUAGCAAUACAUACCGAUUCCCCAACUUAUUCUUACCUAGAUAAACUGUAUCACUGGGUUCAAGAUGGCGGAAGGGGAAAGCCGUCCUACUGUUACCCACGUCAUCGUGUUGCCAUCAUCAUUCCAUACAGAAACAGGGAUAUUCAUCUUCGGACAUUUUUAUACAAUAUUCAUCCUAUACUAAAUAGACAGGAGCUAGAUUAUGGAAUUUAUGUCAUAGAACAGAAGGGAAGUUCUAGAUUCAACCGUGCCAUGCUGAUGAAUAUUGGGUAUGCAGAGGCAAUGAAGAUACACGACUAUCAAUGUUUUGUCUUCCAUGAUGUGGAUUUGAUUCCAGAAAACGACAAAAAUAUUUACAACUGUCCAAAACAACCAAGACAUAUGUCAGUUGCAGUAGAUAAAUUCAAAUACCGAUUGCCCUACAAUUCAAUAUUUGGAGGCGUAUCAUCUUUAACAAAAGAACAGUUUCAAAAAGUCAACGGAUUUCCGAACAGAUAUUUUGGCUGGGGAUGUGAAGACGACGAUAUGUGGAGAAGAAUUAAAAACGCAGGAUAUAAAGUGAUCCGAUAUGCGCGGGAAAUAGCUCGUUAUAAGAUGAUUAAACAUGGCAGUGAUACAGGAAAUAAAGAAAAUCCUGGAAGGUUCAAAAUGCUGAAAGACAGCAAAAAGUAUUUUAAAACAGAUGGCAUUAAUAGCCUGAAGUAUAAAGUAUUAAAGAUAGACAUAAAUCAUCUCUAUACACGAGUUGUUGUUGACAUAGACGAAAAAGAAGUUAUGGCGGGAAUUAAAAAAGUCAUAACACCAACUUAA